AUGAAGAUACGGACUUCAGAGCGCAUUUCUAAUCACCCAUGGGAAACUGUUUCCACAGUCACAGUGCAGAAAUACCUGAAACCUAUGACCUCAAGCUUGGUUGGAGUUGAUGUAAUGGACAGACAUACAGAUCCCUUUGGAAAGUUUCACAGCCAAAGACUUCUCGGAACAGAGCGAGGAUUGCCUUCCACUGUGAAAUCUCUUAUUGGCGCAGCAAGAACUAAAACAUAUGUGCAAAAACAUUCUGUAGUUGUUCCCAUAGACAAAACAAUGGAACUUAGGUCUGCUAGUAUUUCAUUUACAAAUAUGGUUUCAGUGGAUGACAGACUUCUAUACAAACCACAUUCUCAGGACCCAGAAAAAACUCUUUUGACUCAAGAAGCCAUAAUCAUUGUGAAAGGAGUCUGUCUCAGCAGUUACCUUGAAGGACUGACAGUAAGUACAACAUCUGCAAAUGCUAAGAGUGGCCGAGAAGCAAUGGAAUGGCUUAUACAUACAUUAAAUGUGGAGACGGAACAACUGGUAGCUUCGGGGAGAGGGACAUCGGGGCACCGACAGUGA